GGCCACCGUAGUUUCAUGUUUCAGACCAGACGUCUAAAAACAGUCAGGGGAGGAUAACCACAGUGGAAGGAUGGGCGGAACUUCAUUUGAGUGGGCUUCCAUCACUGAAUAGACGAUCUCUGCAGCAGACCUCCUCCACCCAGCCCUUGGAGAACAGGACUUCUAGUUUCCUGCCUGAAUCUGGACUGGAGUAAAGGCAGCCAUGGCGUCAGGCCUCUCCUGUAUUGUUGUGCUGGCUGUAUGUGUUUUCCUCUCCGCGGGUGUAUCUGCGGGGAGCCAGGACUGUGACUCCUACAGAAAUAUAGACGAAUCGUACCAAUCAUCCCAGAAGUGCAGCAGAGGAUUUUGCUGUGGUACCUGCAACAACAGAUACUGCUGUACUGACACCUUCUGGAGGCUUUCUGAGGAGAAACAAGAACGAUGUGAUAAUCUUUUCGAUUCCUAUGACUCACCUAUGCCCAUGGUCAUCGGUAUUUGUGGCGUAGUGGUCACUGUGCUCAUCUUCAUCUGCUGCUGUGUCUGUCCCUGCUGCUGCCUGUACAAGAUAUGUCGUAAACCGAGACCUGUGAUCGCCACCACCACUCACACCACAGUGGUCACCACCACUCCCCAGCCGUACCCCCAGCAGCCAAUUGCAGCACCAACACAUCCUCAGUCCUACCAGGGCGCCCAGUAUCCACCAUACCAACCCGUACCUGUGCAGCCUGGUUACGGAGCCCAGCCCAUGCCACAGGGCUACGGAGCUCAGCCCGUGCCUUAUGGACAGCCUUUUGUAGCAGGACCACCACCAACGUAUCAGGAAGCAACUGGACCUGCUUACCCUCCUAACCCGAUGCCUUACAGUCAGGCUGCGUUUAGCCCCAACCAGCCAUCGUACCCCAUGCAGCCUCCCGUCCAGCCUAACGCUCCUUCUGCAAGCAGAGACUACCUCGCCCAGCCAGCAUACAACCCGGACUUUGUUGCACCGCCACCCAAGAAUGGAUAACUGCCCACAGUGCUUAAACUAUCAGCCACUUUAAAUGUGCUCCAACAUUUUUGAACUUGGCAGAACUGGAAAUGUGUCACAUGAAUCAAGACGAGAGUGGUUACUCUUUGUCUUGAUUUAAGUUUUUGUGAUUAAAUAUGGAAACAAUGUGACUCAUUUGCAGUUUUUGGAGAGCAUUGGUUCUGUUGAAAAGUUGCCAAGUGAAAAUGUUGAUACCUCUUAGCUUGUAUUGCAUGGACUUAUGGUAUAGUGUUGAGGCUGUAGUUGGUUUUAUUUUUAUUUUUUAAUACUGCUUAGUGGCUCCAUCAUAGUCAUUCUGGAUAUUAACACAUGAAACCACUGCGCCUGUUUUAGAGUAGAUGAAGCUCUUUUGACAAUUCUGGACUUCUGAACAUGCCUCAACAUUUCCUUUAUAGAACAUGUCUAUUCUUUUCUUCAGCUGAGCCUGCCUGAUCUCCUGAUUCACCAUUUACAAGGAUUCAACCACUGAGCUGUCUUUGUUUGAGCCUUAGAUGUUGCAGGCACAGCCAUAAAAUCAUUACUUUCUGCCAUUUUUUCAAAUAUAAUGCUCUUUGUGUGUUACAUCCAAACAACUGAGUUCAAAGUGUUUCCCUCUCAGCAUGGACUGCUGGUUUUGUUGAAAAGUGGGGAAGGUAAAAAGGGAAAUAAUUAAAAUCCAAAAUAGUAAUUUAGCUUCUUUCAUCCUUAUUAACCAGGUUGGUUGGAUGUGUUUGCUCUCAACAGCGUUAAAAUAAAAUAUGAUGAGCCAUAUUACACUGAAAGAGCAGGCUCUUUAAAUCAGGGUCUAUCAUGCCAGGACUAUAAUUUGUUUUAGAAUUAAAAAAGCGUCACAGCAAACCGAUGACUUUUAUCCUUCUGGCUGAAUAAUGUUGAUAUAUUUCCAUGCUCCUUCAUGUAAGCACCUCUGAUUGUCAGUUAACUACUAUACAAAGUGUAACAGUGAAAAAAGUGAGCCAAGGAAUGGGAGAGGUUAUUAUCAUGGGGGGAAAAAAGCAAAGAAAGGGAAAGUUUACAUUCAGGAUCUGAGAAUUCAUGUAAAAGGGAGAUUUAGUUUUUGUCGUAUUCUUAGUUUUCUUCUGCUCCUGGUUGUUUUCAUUCAUUGUUUUCAUUUUGAGCGCUAUACAGAAACGCAUCGGCAGCUUUGAAUGAAAUAACCAAAGGCGAUUAUUUUCAUCUGAACAGUCACAAAGCCCUUAGUAAAAGACUCUCCUCUGAAGUUCUAAAAAAAUGCAAGAAACAACCGUGCCUUCUGUGUCUCUAACCCAACUAACGUGUGUAUGUCAUCUACAACAGUUCACAUUCACCCUUUGUAGUUGCACAUGAAUGUAUAGUGUUAUUUGUACUUAAUAUUCAUCGUAAAGGCUUAAACUCAACAUAACUGGCCAAGUUAUUUUGUAAUGUGCUGUUAACAUUUCUGCCAUUAAAUCUUGUUGCCUUUCAACUUUAAUUUAUUAAGUUACAAUCCAAAUUAUGCUUAUUACAAAUUGUAACUUUUUUUGAAUUUAUACCAUUGCCCUCAGUAGCCUGUACCACCAUUACAGUCAGGUUUAAUAUAUCUGUUUCCUUUUUCUAUCUGUUUUUUAAUCCAAAAACUCCAAGGCCUUCCUAACUCUUCUUUUUUCACCUGUGUUCUCCUGUAGCAAGGCUCCAACUUCUGCCUUUUGUUGACUGAAAUUACUUGACAAGAAUUUACUUAAGUGACCUUUUUCAUGACCCAAGCUGAACUUGGAGAAGUAUAGUCACAGCUCAUGUGACAAGAUAUACAUUAAUCUUUUGAGCUGCACUGUUAAAACUCUUUUUUUUUUUUUUAAGUUUUGAAGUCGUUGAAAACAAACAACCCAAUGUUAAAUGAAGCCUCAUCUUAGGCUUUUGUCUGAAAUCUUUCCUGAUAAAUGUGUUUGCCUGUAACUUCAGUCCUUGGGCCAGUUUUGAUUCUUCAAGUUAACCUUAGUUGUAGUGUUCUGAAAUGUGUAUGUGUGGAUUGUAGUCAUCGGUGUUAUGAAAAACAUACCAGCAGAGAUUUAUUCUUGCCCACCUGUGCUUUUUUUUGUCUAAGAAUAAAUGUUGUUGAUGCUACUUUAAGGAAAUACUGUAUUGAACAUGCUUUUUAUUUUGUAAAAAUGCUACACUUCUUCUGCAGAGUUCAAUAAAAAUAUAUUUUAUGUUC